UCAAACUUUCCCGUCUUUAUUUGAUCAAUCAUCUUUGUUUGCAACUACCCCGGCCGGCCUUAACCGCCAGGACUGUUAAUGACAUUUUAAUGGAGCCAUAGCUGGGAAAAGAAAGAAUGGUUGGGAUAAAAAGCUGAAGAAAUAUUGCUGUUAUGAGACCCAAUAAGAAUUAAGUAGUGUAUAAAUGCAGACAAAGAUAAUAGUUUAAAAGAAUAAAUAUGGCUGAUGUUCGUAGUCGAUCUAGAGUUUAUGCAGAUGUCAAUACUCACCGACCAAGAGAGUAUUGGGAUUAUGAAUCACAUAUUAUAGAAUGGGGUCAACAAGAUAACUAUCAACUGGUGAGAAAGUUAGGUCGUGGAAAAUAUUCAGAAGUAUUUGAAGGGAUCAAUGUUACUAACAAUGAUAAAGUUGUAAUCAAAAUUCUAAAGCCAGUCAAAAAGAAGAAAAUAAAAAGAGAAAUAAAGAUUUUAGAGAAUUUAAGAGGAGGACCAAAUAUUAUCACUUUAUUAGACGUAGUAAAAGAUCCUGUUUCAAGAACGCCUGCUUUGGUAUUUGAAUAUGUUAACAAUACUGAUUUUAAGCAACUUUAUCAGCAGUUUCGGGAUAUCGAUAUUAGAUUUUACCUGUAUGAACUUUUGAAGGCAUUAGACUACUGUCAUAGUAUGGGGAUAACACAUCGUGAUGUAAAACCUCACAAUGUAAUGAUAGAUCAUGAACAGAAAAAACUACGACUUAUUGACUGGGGACUAGCAGAAUUUUAUCACCCAUCUCAAGAAUACAAUGUAAGAGUAGCAUCACGAUAUUUUAAAGGACCUGAACUUCUUGUAGAUUUUCAAGAAUAUGAUUAUUCAUUAGAUUUAUGGAGUUUUGGAUGUAUGUUUGCUAGUAUGAUAUUUAAAAAAGAACCUUUUUUUCAUGGUCACGAUAAUUAUGAUCAGUUGGUUCGAAUCGCUAAAGUACUAGGGACUGAUGAUUUAUUUGAAUAUCUUGCUAAAUAUGAAAUUGAAUUAGAUCAGCGAUUUAAUGAUAUAUUGGGAAGACAUUCAAAGAAACGAUGGGAUCGUUUUGUUACACAUGAAAAUAGUCACUUACUGAGCACUGAAUCGUUUGAUUUAUUAGACAAACUUCUGCGCUAUGAUCACAAUGAAAGACUAACAGCUCGUGAAGCUAUGGAACAUCCUUAUUUUUAUCCUAUAGUUCGUCAGGAACCAAUUAAAUUAGGAGGUGAAUCUUUUCAGUCAGCACAGAUACCAUCUACGAUUACGAACUAAAAUAUGAAAGUUAAUAUCAAAGUAAUAUCUGAAUAAACUUGCUGUUCAUUCCAACUACUUGCUGAUGAUUUUUUUGUGUCAUAGCUACGUAUCAAUAUAUUUGUUGACGCUGUUUAUAAUUCUGACGUCAUAAAUAUAUAGUUUUUUUAGUUUGUUUUUUUGUAAAGUAAACCUGCUUCAUUGUUU